CGCCGUUUUCGUGAAUCUGAGUCAACUUUGAUCCAAUUAGGAGCGGUUUUCGGUGUUUUCUAUUAUAUUGAAAAGAUUAUAAAUCUUUUUUGUAUUUUUCACAAAUUCAACAAUAUUUUAGAACUUAGUUAAUCGUGUAGACGGCCCAGAGUCCGCGAUUAUCUAAGCGUGUUUUGUCAAUUAAUAAUUUAGAACUUAACAUUCUGUUACUUGUUUUUCUGUGAAGCUAUUUUAUUAAAUUCUUAACGCAUAACAAUGGCAGAGCGGUAUACAUUUGGUGGCUCAUUGGAUGCAAUCACCUGUCAUGCUUGGAAUAAAGAUCGUUCACUAAUUGCUUUAUCGCCCAAUAACAAUGAAAUUCAUAUUUAUGGACGCAAUGGCAAUGAGUGGAAGUUAGCCGAUCUGUUAACUCAACAUGAUUUACGUGUUAUGGGCAUUGAUUGGGCGCGUAAUACAAAUCGUAUUGUUAGUUGUGCUUCUGAUCGUAAUGCCUAUGUUUGGACGCAGAGCGAAGAUGGCAAAUGGAAACCAACAUUGGUGCUAUUACGUAUCAAUCGUGCGGCGACUUGUGUUAAAUGGUCUCCUGCUGAGAAUAAAUUUGCUGUAGGUUCAGGUGCACGACUAAUAUCAGUAUGUUACUUUGAAUCUGAAAAUGAUUGGUGGGUCUCAAAACAUAUAAAGAAACCGAUACGUUCUACUAUAACUUCCCUAGAUUGGCAUCCAAAUAAUGUGUUACUUGUAGCCGGUUCAACUGACUACAAGGUGCGCGUUUUUUCUGCAUACAUAAAAGAUAUAGAGGAUCAGCCUACACCGACUCCGUGGGGAAAUCGUAUGCCGUUGGGCAAUUUAAUGGCAGAAUUUCGUAAUUCAACAUCUGGCGGUGGUUGGAUCAAUGAUGUUAGUUUCUCGAGUGAUGGUAAUAAAGUUUGUUGGAUCGGACAUGACAGUUGUAUUAGCGUUGGCGAUGCAACGAAUGGCAAUGUUGUUAUACGUUGCAAAACAGAAUAUUUACCAUUUUUGGCUUGUGAGUGGAUUUCACCAAUGUGCAUUCUUGUUGCUGGUCAUAGUUGUGUACCAUUAGUAUACGCUUUAGACAACGACCGAAUAGUGUUUAUUAGUAAACUGGAUAAGUCACAAAAGAAAGAAUCAAGCGGUAUUAGCGCAAUGCGCAUCUUUCAAUCGCUUGAUCGCAACUUACGUACAGAGAACUCUGAUACUCAUGUUGAGUCAAUCCAUCAAAAUGCAAUCAAUUGUAUACGUUUGUUUAGUGGCGGCAAGAGUGAUGGUAAAAGAGUCAGCACUUCUGGUGUUGAUGGACAACUUGUUAUAUGGGAUAUUGAUACAGGUUUAACUAAUUCCAUGAGAAAUAUGAAACUCUAAUCAUUUGCAUUUUUAAAACUUAUUUGUUAUAUAAAUAAAAAAAACGGAAAAUUCCAAAAAAAUAUAAAAA